CUUCUUCUCCCCAUUCCCUUCCGCUCCUUCAUUCACUCUCUGCGCGAUGUUGGCUGGUCGUCCGUCGGUCCGCAGGCGCUUCCACUCGUUCUCCGACUCGUCCAAACGACCCUCGUCCACCGCGCCCUCCUCGUUCGUGCCGACGCCGACGCACCAGCAUGUGUCUGUCUUCCGGUCAUUGCAGAUGGAAGUGCGCGUCUAUAGCCCGACGAUCCAUGCUGCCCACGAUAAAAAGCCCAUGGCCGCGUUCACCGAUCGUGAACAAGUUGGAGGGAGGGUAACAUUGGACCCUAGUUGCAGCGCUACCGGGCGGCUUACAGUCACGCUCGAGGGCGCGUUCCUAUAUCCCGAACGCGACUCGAAACACCGCGAUUUCCGGCAGUUCGACAAGAAGAAACACGUCUUCUUCACCACGUCGACGACUACGCUCGUAUCCCCUGAACCCGUUAUCCCUCGAUCAGCGACCGCCUUGCGCGAGGCACUUACGCUGCGUCGCAGACCGAGCGGCUCCAACCUGAGCGCUACCUUCCAGCAGCCGGAGCGCACGUACCCCUUCUGCUUCGAUCUACCGCACCACCACGGCGCACACGAGGAGCUGCCCCCGAGCCUAUCUUUUUCGAAAGACGGGGAACAGCCGUACGAAGUUAACUACUCAAUAGUAGUGCUCUGGGAAGCCACCAACGUGCCGGAAGACCGUUCCUUCCUGGAGGUUCCCAUCAUGAUCUAUUCUGAUGUCGACUUCGAGUCACUGGACGGCAAGAGCAGGCGCAGAGACGAUUCGUGGCUAGAGAUGCCGCUUAAGUCGGAUAGGCACAUUCCCUUCCGCUGCGCCAUUUCCUUCUUCGUUGUUUUCACGACCACCCCACGAUCUGCGUCCAUAGCGCGGGAGAUCGCGAGCGACGCGACUGUAUCCGUGUCCCUCGUCCGGCAUAUCACCGUCAAGGAGGCGUCCAGUACCCCGCCGCACUCACCCGCCACGCCGAGCGAUGAGAGCCAGUCCGAUGCCGCGUCUACUGGAUCACGACUUCUCAAGCGCGUCGUCCGAAAUGCGUCUAGGCCGCGUAGGGGCAGCGGCGACGACGACGGGGUCCGUCGCAACAAGCCCUUGCCCCACGUACCGCACAAAGUCUUCUCAGACUCACAGAAGCUGCACACCUGCAUUUCCGUCGGCUUUCCGAAGAGGCCGCGGAAGCACGCACCUAACGAGAAGCACCCCACCCUGGAGUCUCAGGUGUCGCUACCGGACGGCCUCUACAAGGACAAGAUCGCCCUUCAAAAGACCAUGACACCCUCGAUAUCUUGGCACGGCGUUACUAUCAAGUACUACCUCGACGUCUCCGUCUCGUUUGAUCAGGACGAGAUGCGCGGACGAAUCCCCAUCCGAAUCAUCUAGACGAGGAUACGCCACCGCGCGAGGACAUUAACCCCUCGUCGGCCCAGGCUACAGCAUUGCUCAUCGGACUUUCGCGCAUAUCCUACAUUUGUUCAUCGAACGGUCUGUCCACGUGCAUGAACACUGUAAUAUCUGUUAACUGCAUACUGUACCAUCUAUUCGCAUCUACAUACCUACCUACCCCCGUGUCGUGCUCGUAUUGCUCGCCGGUACUCACCCUCGUUCCAGUACAUAGAAGCACAACCAGCAUGUACAUAGGCCCACAGGACUCGCGAUCCUCUCUAGAGGGCGAUUGUAUGCGAACCAUGCAUCGACUCGGA